GAGGGGUGGGCGGGGUUUGGUGAGGUCAGCGCGCGCGUGUAUCCGGGGAAUGGAGCGCGUGAGCCAGAAAAUGUCCGGCCUCCAGUUCAACCUGGGCCCCCUGAAGGAGCCGCUGGGGUUCAUCAAAGUCCUGGAGUGGAUUUUUGCCAUCUUUGCUUUCGCCACCUGUGGAGGGUACAGUGGCCAUACCUCCAUUAAAGUCAGCUGUUCGGACACUAAAAAUGAGACCCUUGAGGCGGCUUUUGGCUAUCCGUUCCGGCUGAACACUGUGGUGUUCAAAGACCUGGAUUCAAAGAAAUGUAACGGCACAUGGACCUCAACCCACCUCAUGGGUGACUUCUCCUCCUCGGCCCAGUUCUUCGUCACCUUUGCCGUCUUUGUCUUCCUCUACUGCAUGGCGGCGCUGGUGCUGUACGUGGGAUAUCUGCACCUUUACCGUGGCGCUGGCAAGCUACCCAUGAUUGACUUUGUGAUCACCAUGGUGGUCACGCUUCUCUGGCUGAUCAGCACUUCGGCUUGGGCCAAAGCCCUGACUGACAUCAAAAUAGCCACUGGGCCUGAGAUGGUGUCGGAAAUACACUUCUGCCUUACGCCCCCAAAUUCCUGCCUGUUCGGUGCAGUGAGCAGCAUGGGCUCCCUCAACGUGUCCGUGGUUAUCGGCUUCCUGAACCUCAUUCUGUGGGCAGGCAACGCUUGGUUCGUAUAUAAGGAAACCCACUUGCACAGUCCCCCAGACGCUCCGGCCCCCGGCGGCGGCGCUCCGGCUCCUGCGGGAAUGUAAACGGCCCCGCUGGGACGCCCCAGCGCCACGCACGACCCCUCGGCCUCAGCCUGGCAUCGGCGCGGCUCCUCUGUCCUAAUUGUAGUCACCGUUUCAACCAGCAGGGGGCGGGUGGGGAUUGCAGAUACAGCUCAGCUUUCAAUUGCGAGCAGGGGCCUUUACGUUUUGAAGGCAGCGGUGCUCGGGCAGGGCGGUGGUGGCUUGGUUUUGUUUUUGUGUUUUGUUGUUGCUUUAUUCUACUGAAAUAUUACCCUGGGUGUGGGCAAGGGAGAGGGGCAGCUUCUUCGCGAGAACUGUGGCCCGGCAAACUAGUGUCGUGGUUCUCAAACGUUUAUACGCUGACCCCUUUCAGCGGUGAGUGCGACCCCCCCCCCCAUAAAUUCAAAACACUUUUGUAUGUAUCUAACACCAGUAUAAAUGCUGGAGGCAAAGCGGGGUUUGGGGUGGAGGCUGACAGCUUGCAACCCCCCACGUAACAACCUCGUGACCCCCCCGAGGAGCCGAGAACCCCUGGUCUGGGGUCCCAGCCCUCGGCUGGCGUGACCCAGCAGCGCUCCGCUGAACCGAGCAGCACCAGUGGCAGCAGAUUGGCAUGGAGCUAUUGAUCGCAGAUAGGGCUGGUGCAGCACGUGACUGACAGCAGAGAGAGCAGACGGGCACAGAGCGCAAUCUGGCCAGCUGUAAUUAGUUGAUCUGUGUUAAUUGGGACAGAUCUAGAGCGCGUGCAUGUCAGUAUCCCCGUGUUCAUUGCAGCAGAUUGCUGCUGAUUUCUCUCAGCUGAGUGGCUGGCUCUGCAUUUCAAUAAGUGCCUUUUGUCUUUCAUGUCCCUCUGAUGGGGGAGGGUUUGUAUCUGGGGCACAUGGCGGGGUGGUGGGGGAGCUGCAUUUGAAAUACACUAUUCUCACUUUGUACAUGACACACACAACUUGUCUUGGUUUGAAAACCCGCGUUAGCACCAGGCUUCCUCUGUCAUCGGCCUGAACCGAUUCUUCGUUGCAAAGACGAGCUUCGGCAUCUCAGCGUUCGCUCCCCAGGGCAGUGCCGGUCGGGAGUUUUUUCGACAAACCGUUUUUUCCCCCCACUGCAAAAUGCAGACUCGUUGAAACGGAAACUUUUUCGGGUUGGGAGAUUUGUCCAAACCAAGCCAGAGACGCCGCAAUCUGGGUUUGGAGGAAUCUCCUGAGGUGGAAAUGUAUCGGAGGGCAGAAAGUUUAGAAAUUGUCCACACCUUCAGCAUGAAAAGGUUGGGGGCGCGGGGUUGAGUCUACAUUUUUGGUUUGAAAUUUUAGUAAGAGUGGGCUUCAAAGGAACUGGCCUCAAAACAACAACUUUUUAAAAUCAUGGAAAUGAAAUGAUUUGACCCCAACUGAAAUUUUCUCUGGAUUUUUUCAACUUGCCAAAAUUAUCGAGAUCUGGGUUUUUCAUUCCAGAUCAGGACAGGAAUAUAUCUUAAUCUCAAAAAUUCCCUCCUCGCUCUAUGAAUCUAAACAGAGCUUUGGAGAGCGCUACUGCGUUUUUAUUUUUGGUUCAGUCACUCUUAUAUAUUUCUCCUCCCACUGUUAGCUUCUAGUGUCCCGCCCUGUGCUGGCUUUUAGCAGAUGCUCUCCGUGGAGUUUGAACGGCACACCUGGCUGAUUUGAAAGGGCCCAGCGUUUGUCUGCUUGCAAGUAAAAUCUCCUUUGUAUUUAUCUCUGUUUUAUGCUACGUGGCUGCUUCCAAGAUGUACACCCCGUAGAGCACAAGCCUUCUCUGCAUUUUUCUCAGCAGGCGACAAGAAAUCCACCUCUGAAGUUAAUUGCGUUUGAGUCUGAUUGGUAGACAAUGAAAAACUACAGAAGGGAGCUAAAUUUGGCAGAUCCUCAAGGGGUGUAGAUUAAAAUAACUCCACAGUGAGUGCCAGUUUAGACCUGUGGGAAUCUCCCGUUAGCUUGGUGUCACAUAUUUGCAGAAAUUUGUGGGCAGAGUUAAGGGGACUCUAGUUCGACCCCCCGAUCUGGGCUGGCCAUUCUCCAGCCUCUGCUAUGCAGGAGGUCAGACUGGAUGACCAGCUGAAUUAAGAGGCGAUUGGAAAAUUUUCUGCUAAAUGGUUUUUAGUUGGAAAAUGUGGUUUGCCCGAAACUGAUUUUUUGCAAAAUUGAAGCAAUUUGGGACACAAUGUUUAGAUUUAAAAAAAUCUCCGAGGGCAGUUUUGCAAACGUCAAAAUCUCCUGUUUGGGUCGCGUUUUUCAUUAUUCGCUUUGAAAAUUUUUCAUUAUUUGUUUUGAAGCAACAUAUUCUUUUGAAAUACGUGUCUGAGAUUGGAAAAAACUCCACGGUCAGAAUCGUUUGGAGCGAGCUCAGAUGGGUUUUGUGCCCAGAAAUUCAUUGCAUGAAAAAUUUGGAAAUCUGGGCUUUUGGAUGGGAGGGAGGGAAUUGAACGUUUGAAAAUUUUCGCAGGAGGGAAAAAUCUCCACCAACCAGCUCUUAUGUCUGUGAUCCAGUAUUUCACUUUGCCUGUGGCAAAACAGCCAAGCCGUGGGAUGGGCUCGCUUGUGAUGCAGACGCGCGUGGGACUCUCUCGCCCUGCUCUCGUCGCUGGUCUCGAAGCUCGGCUUUCAGGUCAUGACAGGUGGACCUGGCUUUUAAUUUUGUUAUUUACCCUUUUUCUUACGAAUUGUUCAAGAAAUAUGUCUGUCCUGUAUGCCACCGACUUGAUAAUAAAAACCAGUUAUCUCA